AUGGCACUCGAUGAUCAAGAAGUUGGAUAUUCUUCAAGCUAUUGCCGUUCAAAUAGAAGACACAAGUAUGAUGUGUUUUUAAGCUUUCGAGGAGAAGACACCCGUAAGAAUUUUACAGACCACUUAUAUGCUGCUUUGUGUCACAAUGGACUGAUAACCUUUAGAGAUGAGGAAGAACUUGGGAGGGGAGAAAUUAUCAAACCAAGUUUGCUUCAAGCAAUUGAAGAAUCUUUGUCAGCAAUUAUUGUUCUCUCUGAAAACUAUGCUGCAUCCACAUGGUGCUUAGAUGAACUCCUAAAAAUCCUUCAUUGUAAGAAAGAGUUAGGCCUUCAUAUAUUUCCAAUCUUUUAUGGCAUAGAUCCGUCUGAUGUUCGGCAUCAGAAAGGAAGUUUUGCAACAGCCUUUGAAAAGCUUGAACAGAAAUUUGCACAUGACAAAGUGAAGGUGCAAAGAUGGAGGGAUGCCUUGAGAGAAGUUGCUGACUUGGCUGGAUGGAGCUCUAAAAAUUGGUAUGAAACGAAACUCAUUGAAAUAGUUACUGAAAAUGUGAGGUCAAGAAUAGUUGAUCACCCACAAUUCGAUUCAAAUGAUGAAGGUGUUGAUGAUGGACUUGUUGGAAUUGAUGAGAAAAUAGCAGAUUUUGAUUCAUUUCUAGCAAUAAAUCGGAGGAAGUUCAAUUUAAGCAUACCAGAAUGGGAGAAUGCACUCAAGAAGAUUCCUUUAGAUGGCCUUUUUGAUAUACUUAAAGUGAGCUUUGAUGGACUGCGAUCUAAUGAGAAGAAUAUAUUCUUAGAUAUUGCUUGCUUUUUCAAUGGCUUGCGCAAGGAUGAUGUCAUACAGAUUUUAGAAAAUAGUGGUCUUGAUCCGGUAAUCGGACUAAGAACUCUUAUUCAGAAAUCAUUGGUAACUGAAGCUGAAGGGUGCUUAAGGGUGCAUGAUAGGCUUCAAGAAAUGGGCAAGGAAAUUGUUUUUCGCGAAUCACCCAAUGAUGCUGGCAAUCGUAGUAGGAUAUGGUCCUUGGAGGAUGCUAGUCUUGUGCUUAGAAAUAUGAGGGGAACUGAAGCAAUACGUGGUAUAGUGGUACAAUUUGACAAACCAGAUGUCAUAUAUUUGGACCCUAAAGCCUUCUCAAAUAUGAGUAAUCUCAAGUUACUUAUCAUAUCACAUUCUUCACAUGACCAAUUGAAUCUUCUUCAUGGACUCAACUGUCUUUCCAAUUCACUGAAAGUCAUAGAUUGGAAGGAGUAUCCUUUAGAUUCCCUUCCAGGUCAAACUCAAUUUGGUGAACUUGUUGAUCUAAAAAUGCAACACAGCAAAUUAAAGGAACUUUGGAGAGGAGAUCAGUUUCCACAAAUUCUAAAGUUCAUUGAUUUGAGUCAUUCAACAAACCUGAUGAGAACAUCAAACUUUGAUAGAACUCCUAAUCUUCAAAGAUUAAUUCUUAAGGGGUGUACAAAGCUUGUUGAAGUUCACUGCUCUCUCGGGCAACACAAGAAUCUUGUCAUUGUUAAUUUUAAAGGUUGCAAAAGUAUUAAAAACCUUCCAACCAAAUUGGAGAUGAAUUGCUUAGAGACAUUUAUUCUCUCUGGUUGUUCAAAAGUUAAGAGGCUUCCUGAGUUUGGAAAAGGUAUGACAUGUUUAUCAGAGCUUAAUCUAAAAGGGACUGCUAUAUCCAAACUACCUCAAUCAUUGGUCAAUUUGACUGGCCUUGCUAUAUUAAAUUUAGAGUAUUGCAAAAACCUGGUAUGUCUUCCAAGUGAUUUUAAAAAAUUGAAAGCUAUAAAGAAGAUCAAUAUUCGUGGUUGCUCAAAGUUGUCAAGGCUUCCAGAGAAUUUGAAUGAAAAUGAGGCAUUGGAGGAGCUUGAUGCGCGUGGAACUGCUCUAAAAGAAGUGCCUUCGUCCCUCAAUAAUUUGAAAGUAUUAUCUCUUAGUGCAUGCAAUGCUUCUGCACAAUCAUCCUCAUGGAAUCACUUCUGCCUUCUCAAGCAGGCAUUUAGGCUUCAAAGGCCUUCAAGUUCAACUAAGUUUUUGUGGUCUCCAUCUUUUUCAAAUCUGUCAUCUUUGGUCGAGUUAAAUUUAAAUUAUUGCAAUCUUGAUAAUGAAUCACUAUUCAGUGAAAUAGGCAAUUUAUCAUCAUUGACAGCAUUAUUUUUGGGUGGAAAUAAUUUUGUUGAAAUUCCUUUGAGCCUCAUUUCCAAACUUCGAAAGCUUGAAUAUAUUUAUUUGAAUGAUUGCCCGAGGCUUCGGUUUUUGCCUCAGCUUCCAGCAAACCUGUCAGUGAUAGAUGCUGGUAAUUGUCCAUCAUUGAAAAAUUAUGUGUGUUCACAGCAACUAUGGGAAUUCACUGAGGAAUUUGAAUAUCAGACUUCAUGCCAAUAUGAAUUCUCAUCAGUAGAUGGAUAUAAAGUUUACAUUCUCAGUGACAUGAGGUCUGCAAUUGUGAGUUGGAACGAGUCACAAGUUUUUUCAUCACAGGAUGACUUCUUCCUGCAACCGACUCGCAUAUUAACUAUUGCUGGUAGUGAAGUGCCAUCCUGGUUUCACAAUCAAAGCUAUUUUUGUGCGAAAGAUCUCCCCUAUGGGCAUCCUCCAACAAAUGUGUCAUUCAUAGUAAAUAAGCCUGAUUCAUGCUGUUCAAGUGAAUGGUGGGGCAUAGCUGUAUGCCUAGUGCUAGAAAAUGAUUUGGAACAUGCGAAGUAUGAUGCUCGGGCCGCACUUGGUUGGACUUAUAGAGUUUCUAAAGGUGAAUAUCCAAAUUCAGGCCGUGCUUAUGCCACUUUUGCGCAGUCCAGAUUUGGCCCCCAACUAUGUAUCAUUUACAUUCGUUUUUCCUCUUUUGUUGUGGAAAAACCACUUCAAAUGGUUUUUUUCACACCGUAUGAACCAGCAUCGUCAUCUUUGAAAAUAGUACAGUGUGGGUGGCGGGUGUUGUGUAAAGAAGAUGUUGAGAGAAGGCGAAACACAAGGAGUGACGAAGGCUGUAGUGUCAGCACUACUGAUGAUAAGUUCAUUGAUGAAUGUAGAUGA